AUGCAGGCCACCAGCCGUCGGUGUCGCUGGGCCAGCAUUCCCGGCCCCAACAUGCGCGAGGCUGCCUCCAUGUACGGCACAGCGGUGGCCAUCUUUCUGGUCAUCCUGGUGGCCGCUCUGCAGGGCUCAGUGCCCCCAGAGAGCCCCUUUCCCUACCACAUCCCCCUGGACCCCGAGGGGACCCUGGAGCUCUCAUGGAACGUCAGCUACGUCCAGGAGGAUGUCCACUUCCAGCUCCUGGUGCGGGGGCUCAAGGCUGGGGUCCUGUUCGGGAUGUCGGACCGCGGGGAGCUAGAGAACGCUGACCUCGUCGUGCUCUGGACAGAUGGGGGCCGCUCCUACUUUGCGGACGCUUGGAGUGACCAGAAGGGGCGGAUCCAUCUGGACAACCAGCAGGACUAUCAGCUGCUGCAGGCACAGGGCACCCCGGACGGCCUGGUCCUGCUCUUCAAGAGACCCUUUGCCACCUGUGACCCCAAGGACUACCUCAUUGAGGAUGGCACUGUCCACUUGGUAUAUGGGAUCCUGGAGGAGCCGUUCCAGUCGCUGGAGGCCAUCAACAUCUCAAGCCUGCACACGGGGCUGCAGCGGGUGCAGCUCCUGAAGCCUGAGGUCCCCACCCCAGCGGUGCCCGCGGACACACGCACGAUGGAGAUCCGUGCCCCCGACGUCCUGAUCCCCAGCGAGGAGACCACGUACUGGUGCUACAUCACCGAGCUGCCACAGGGCUUCCCUCGGCACCACAUCGUCAUGUACGAGCCCAUCGUCACCGAGGGCAAUGAGGCCCUGGUGCACCACAUGGAGGUCUUCCAGUGCGCGGCCACCUUCGAGAGCUUCCCCCACUUCAGCGGGCCCUGCGACUCCAAGAUGAAGCCCCAGCGCCUCAGCUACUGCCGCCACGUGCUGGCCGCCUGGGCCCUGGGCGCGAAGGCGUUCUACUACCCCGAGGAAGCUGGCCUUGCGUUUGGGGGCCCCGGGUCCUCCAGGUACCUCCGCCUCGAGGUCCACUACCACAACCCGCUGAAGAUCCCAGGCCGGCGCGACUCCUCRGGCAUCCGGCUCUACUACACAGCCACGCUGCGGCGCUUUGACGCAGGGAUCAUGGAGCUGGGCCUAGUGUACACACCCGUGAUGGCCAUCCCCCCGAAAGAGACGGCCUUCGUCCUGACCGGCUACUGCACAGACAAGUGCACCCAGCUGGCCCUACCUUCCUCGGGGGUCCACAUCUUCGCCUCUCAACUCCACACACAUCUGACCGGGAGGAAGGUGGUCACCGUGUUGGCCCGGGACGGCCGGGAGACAGAGAUUGUGAACAGGGACAAUCACUACAGCCCUCACUUCCAGGAGAUCCGCAUGUUGAAGAAGGUUGUGUCUGUCCACCAGGGAGACGUGCUCAUCACUUCUUGCACAUACAACACAGAGGACAGGAAGCUGGCCACCGUGGGCGGCUUUGGGAUCCUGGAGGAGAUGUGCGUCAACUAUGUGCACUACUACCCCCAGACCCAGCUGGAGCUGUGCAAGAGCGCCGUGGACCCCGGCUUCCUGCAGAAGUACUUCCACCUGGUGAACAGGUUCAACAGCGAGGACGUCUGCACCUGCCCCCAGGCCACCGUCCCGCAGCAGUUUGCCUCGGUGCCCUGGAACUCCUUCAGCCGCGACGUGCUGAGGGCACUCUAUGCCUUCGCGCCCAUCUCCAUGCAUUGCAACAAGUCCUCGGCCGUCCGCUUCCAGGGGGAAUGGGACCUGCAGCCGCUGCCUGAGAUCGUCUCCACCCUGGAAGAGCCCACCCCGCACUGCCCCACCCGUGGGGCCCAGAGCCCCGCUGGCCCCAUGGUGGUCAACAUUGGCCGUGGCAGAGCUUGAGAGGGGGCCUCCAACCCUCCUCCCU